UCCCGACGCCCCGCGCCGGAAGCGGAAGCGACCGGCUCCGCGCUCGGGAGUGAGAGCCGUCGCUGCCCGUUGUUGUUGUCGCCGCCGCGCGAUGGCAGCCACGGCGCUUCCCCCGCUGCCGCCGCAGUUCAAGAGUAUCCAGCACCAUCUGCGGACCGCGCAGGAGCUGGACAAGCGGGAGCCGGUGGUGGCGUACUACUGUCGUUUGUAUGCAAUGCAAACAGGGAUGAAGAUUGAUAGUAAAACCCCAGAAUGCCGCAAAUUUUUGUCUAAACUUAUGGAUCAGUUGGAAGCUAUGAAAAAACAAUUUGGUGAUAAUGAAGCAAUUACUCAGGAAAUCGUUGGUUCUGCUCAUGUGGAGAAUUAUGCUUUGAAAAUGUUUUUAUAUGCAGACAACGAAGAUAGAGCGGGGCAGUUUCAUAAAAACAUGGUAAAGUCCUUUUACACUGCCAGUCUCCUGAUAGAUGUUCUGACAGUAUUUGGGGAGCUCUCUGAAGAGAAUGUUCAGCACAGAAAGUAUGCCAGGUGGAAAGCAGCAUACAUCCAUAACUGCUUGAAAAAUGGAGAGACUCCUCAGCCUGGACCUAUUGGAAUGGAAGGAGAGACUUUUGAUCUUGAAAGAGAAGAAGCAGGAUCAUCUUCUCACCAGAGUGGAACAAAUCAACCAACGUCAUCAUCAUCUACAUACGAAUCUAACAACACACCAGCUAGUAAUUUCACUGGCAUACACGUACCACCAGGUGCCCAUGCACCAGCCAAUACUCCAGCUGAAGUACCUCAUAACACAGGAGUCACAACUAAUACCGUUCAACCUUCUCCUCAAAAUAUUCCUCUUGUAGAUCCUUCCCUUUACAGUGCUCAGUCUGCAGGGGAAGUCCGUUUGACUCCAGAGGAUUUUGCCAGAGCUCAAAAAUACUGCAAAUAUGCUGGCAGUGCUUUGCAAUAUGAAGACGUGAGCACUGCUGUGCAGAAUCUACAGAAGGCCCUCAAGUUACUGAUUACGGGCAGAGAAUAAAGCCUUUAUCCAACGGAUUCAUGUGAUUUGCCUAAAGAACUAACAGCUUAUUACUGUACCUGUUAGGGGAGUGGAAAUAUACAGAAGUUCUCCAUCUCAUCACCUAUGGCAAUGUAAUCACUCUUUCAGUGUCAGUAGGACUCUCCGUUUUCAUUUUUAAAGCAGUGGAGCUAGAGGCAUAUGAAUGAAGUGGUUUGAUGUAAGCAAAAUACUGAAGAAUGUACUGUUAACACUGCUUAAGAGUUAGAAUUCAUGUUUCAGUAUUUAGAUUAUCAGUAUGGGAAAUUCCGAGUCUGCAAAAAGGCUGAACGUAAGAAUGUUCUGUUAAAAUUCUGGCUCUGCUUUCAUUAUUUCAAACAAUUAUUUAAGAAGUUUAAAUACCUUUAAAAUGGUAACAAAAUUCACAACUUCCUCCUGAGAAGAAAGUAUGUAAAAAGACUGACAGAUAUACAAUGGGAAGGACUUUUUUUCUGUACCUAAAUUAUUUGGGUAUCAUCUGAGGCAUAAAGUUAAGCAGGACUUUAGGAUGUUUGUAUAUUAUUUUAGUACAUACAUUGAAAACAUUUCUUGAUACAUCAGAGAGAGUGAUUUUGAUAGCGUUCCAGCCCAACCACCACCAACCGUGUGGACUGCUGUAUGCAGUCUUGAUCAGCGAUUCUUGAUCCUUUUGCGUGAACACAGAGAAUUUUGUUUAUCUAUGGUUGACUAAGAGAAAGUACUAAUAUUUCUGGAGAUGAUCCUGAAACCAGAGACAGAGAUGCUAAACAGCAUGAACUUUUAGGGAGAUUUACUUCAUAGAUGUUUCAUCUCUUUAAUAGGCUGAAUCAAAGGACUGUUCUUCAUCUGUUAGGUUCAUCUUUGGUAUUAGUGAUCUAGAAUUUUGUAUUCCCAGCUAAUAUUCUUUCUGUCUGCUAUGUUAUGGAGGCUAUUUGGACUUGGGAACUAAUUAAAAUAUCUUGGAAAUUGAAUUCUGAGUGUUUUUUAAGUGUGCUCCUGCUAUUUUAGGGCUCUUGGCUGUUAAAAAUUCAUUCUUGCUGUUUGAAAGAAAGACUAAGUAGUCUUGUAACUGACAUGACACAGUAAUUGAGUGCACCACAAAGUAUGUCUGAUUUAUGUAGUAUCUUUUAACAUCAGAUUAGCUGAUAUGUCUGUCUUUCCAAGCUUCUGGAUCAAAUGCAUGUUGUUUGUAACUGCACUGUUUUUGCAGCGUCUGAAAUGUGUCUGAUACUCAAAGCAAAAAGAUGAGGAAAAUAAAAUCAAACAUAAGCAUAAGCAUG